AUGACCAUUGUGAUUAUCGGAGCCGGUAUAAUGGGCGUUUCAACGGCUUACUUCUUGGCUAAACACGGUCUGCCUUGCACUCUAGUUGAUUGUUGUGGCAUAGCCCCUGCAGCCUCCGGCCGAGCUGGUGGGUUCCUUGCCCGAGAUUGGUGCUCACACUACGAGAUGGACAUAUUGGCUCGUUUCGGCUUUGAUUUGCACAUGGAAUUGUUCCAACAGUUCGGGGAUGUCUGUGGAUAUCGUCGUGUGGAAACAUACUCUAUCGACGUAACUCCAGGUGAUCCAGGCAAGUCGGUCAAGGGACCGCAAUGGAUUCAAGCUAAAGUGUCUCGGUAUUCGCGAAUGGGCAGUCCGGAUACGACGGCACAGGUUCACCCAGGCUUGCUCACCAAUGAAUUAUUCAAACAAGCCCAGCAACUAUCUCAGAAUGCUACUAAUUUCAAACUGGCUCGCGCUGUUGGCCUUGAGUUUGAUCAUAAUGAUCCUCCUCAGGUGACCGGAGUUCGUAUCGUUCCCGUAGAUGAGCCUGAUGCAAAAGAAAAGAUAUUGCCCGCUUCUUGUGUUUUGUUGGCAACCGGACCAUGGUCGGGCACAUCUACUGGCUGGCUACCUCCGCGUUGUUUGCCCAGUCGUCGAUUUCGCGGUCAUCGGGCUCACGGGGUAGUAAUUCGUCCGUGUGCUGAAGCCGCUGCAUCCAAACCAGUGGUUGGCGCCACCUGCCUUUUCAUGGACUAUCAUGGUCCCGGUCGAGCGUGCUCACCGGAAGUUUAUCCCCGGCCGGACGGGACAGUUUAUAUGUGCGGAUUGAGUGAUGAUGAACGUAAAUCUCGAGUACCAUAUUCGGCUGUACGCGGUUCCCUUUCACAGAUGUUCGACAAAAUCUUGGUUACUGCCGCACAUUCAUUUUCUGAUUUGUAUCCAGGCUACUGA